AUGACGGAAUCUGUGCAGCAAAUCGCACUUCGGCCGAAGCCGACAAACUCGUCGCCUUCGACGCCUCUCAGCCGUUUGUUUAAGUGUUCGAGGACAGUCCCGCUGUCCAAGUCCGAAUAUCACGAUUCGUCUCGAGGAGCCCUUGACGAGCACCUGGAAAUUCAGCCGCCCCCUGCGUACCCAGGCGACGCGACUUCACGUCCGCCAUUCACCGAACCCAAACCGACCCUCGAAGACUCCAGCUCGGAUUUGCAGCCGUCAAGAGCAUCGCCGUCGACAAACGAUCCGCAACCAACUGCGCCUGAUAUCAAGCUCGAUAUCGAAGAUCCGUCUAAGCCUGUAGUCAUACCACGGCUCAACCCAGGCAGCACAUUCCCCUUUGCGAGAGCAUGGGCGCCCGAGCUGGAACGGCACGACAUCCCGCAGUCAGACUGGCUGGGCUUCCUCGACCGCCUCAACAUCCUGAGCUCGCCGCACCCGGGCAUCACGGCCGCCCAGGUCCUCGGGGUCGGACUGGCCUUUGCCCCGUUCGAAGGCGCCGACGGCCUCGCGUUCCUCAUCGAACUGGGCGCCGCCGGGUUGGCGGCGCACAUGGCCAAGACGAAGUGCCGCGACUUUCUCGCGCAGAUGAACCGAGACUACUUCGGCCCUCGCGGCCUUCACGUCCGCAUCGUGGAUGGGAAAGAGCUGCGCAGGAAUCUCGGCUUGGAGACGAAGGAUCCCAUGAUGGCGCCGCUCGGCGAAGAAACACUCGACAUGACGACUCAGGAGCGUUGUCUGGCUUACCUGAACGGCCGGGUCUGCGAACUCGACUUCGACGUUCCAGAUCCGGACCCGCAAACCAAAGCACUUGCUAGACUCGCUGCCUGGCGGGUGAAACUGCACGUAAAGGACACCGACAAGAAAGCUACAAAAGCGCGUAGGAAGGCUUGGAAGAGGUUCCAGAAGGGGAAGAAGCUGAAGGAAUGCAGGGAGGAAAAGUCUCGAGUCAAGCGCAUCUCGUGGGUGCUCUUGCAGAGUAUCGAGGACUUUGAAAGGGACAAAAUACUGGUAGAGGAGGAGAAGAAAGUCCGGAAGCAGAGCACGAGCGAGCGACGUGGACUGCUGUCAGCUCGGACUCUGAGAAACAUCAAGUUGCUUCGGUGA